AGCAGGUCGACUGAGAAAUUUUUCUUCAUUUUACAUAUCCUUGGUUUGACUCUAUGGAAAUAUUGAACUAAGAAUGGCAAAAAUGGGUUUUCCUUCUUACAUAUUAAUACUAACUUUUUCUUUGUUUUCUCAAGGUAUUUUAUUUUCAGCAUCCAAGUCAAUAAGAAAUUUAGAAGAUGACAUGGUAUUUAAUACAUUCAGGCUGGGGAAAGCCUUUCAUAAGGAAGAUAAUGCAGGAAAAUCAGUUGUUGCUCCUUCCCUGGAACAAUAUAAAAAUGAUGAGAGCAGUUUCGUAAAUGACGACGAAAACAAAAUUUCAAAGAACACAGGCUCCAAACAUAAUUUCUUAAAUCAUGGUCUGCCACUGAAUCUGGCUAUAAAACCUUAUCUUACAUUAAAAGGAUCUGUAGCUUUUCCAGCUGAGAAUGGAGUUCGGAAUACUGAAUCAACACAAGAAAAGAGAGAGAUUGGAGAUGAAGAAAACUCGGCUAAAUUUCCUAUUGGAAGGAGAGAUUUUGACAUGCUCAGGUGUAUGCUGGGAAGAGUCUACCGACCUUGUUGGCAAGUCUGAUACCUGUUGGUCCACAUCAUCUUUUCAGAAGAAAACAAAAUCAUUUAAUUGCCAAUGGGGGGAAUAGUCCUUAAUGUUACCCUAACUUAUGUGUUAUUGUAAAAGUCUGUUUUAAAAGAAAGCAGUUUUAAAAAAUAUCAGUAACCUAAAUGAUAUGCUUUUUCUGUGCAUUAAACUUUGUGAAAAUUCUGCA